UUCAAGACUCUAGUAUGUCUCCAUUGCAUCUCAUUGUGAGCUUGUUCAUUUUGUCCUUCGUGGAUUCCCGGGUUCCUCGGACUCAUUUGUUGAUUAAAGGUCAUGUAAAAGAAUCUUUAAGAAAACUUCCGUGGAAAUGGCGCCAUGAGAAAACAUCAUAUAAAGUGAAAACCCCGCUUAUAAUCGGGGUGGACGUUGUGUCCAGUUACAAAUUAAGGGCAGACUCAGUUGGAAUUGAAAAGAUCUUUAACACUAGUCACUUUCAAUUCCGUGAUUGUGCUGCUAUUAUGAAGAGAACUCCAGAAGUACAAGGAAAAGACGGAGUAUAUACUAUAUACCCUGACGGCAGGACAGAGAAGCGAGUAUUCUGUGACAUGACGACAGAAGGAGGGGGCUGGACGGUCAUUCAACGACGAAAAUAUGGCAUCACUGAUUUUUAUCGAUCGUGGGCGGAAUACAAGAGAGGAUUCGGAAGAGCAGAGACAGAUUACUGGUUAGGAAAUGAAGCAAUUCACUCACUGACGUCACUAGCAGCAGAGGAACUACGGAUAGACCUUGAAGACUUUUCAGGUUCUAAAGCAUAUGCUAGAUAUUCUAAGUUUGUAAUUGCCAGUGAGAGGGACAAGUACAAGCUGACAGUCAGUGCAUAUAGUGGCAAUACAGGAGACGGUAUGAAAUUUCACAAUGGUCAUGUCUUUGCUACGAAGGACAAAGAUGACAAAGGAAACAGUGCUAAAACUUAUCGGGGAGGAUGGUGGUAUCACAACG